AUGUUUGCGCUUAAAAGAACUUUCACGAGACCGAGUGGGGGUAUAUUAUGGAAGUCAACCCACACAUUACCUGAAUUACCAUAUGCAUAUAAUGCUUUGGAACCAGUCAUCAGUAAAGAAAUAAUGGAAUUGCACCACAAAAAACACCACAAUGCUUAUGUGACAAACUUAGUUACUUUCCAAGAUCAAAUCAAAGAAGCCAUUGCACAAAAUAAUGCGACUAAAGCAAUAAGCUUACUGCCUGCUCUGAGGUUCAACGGUGGCGGGCACAUAAACCACUCCAUAUUUUGGAAGAACCUCUCCCCGGACGGUGGCAAGCCAAGUGAUGAGCUUUGUAAAGCUAUUAUUCGUGAUUUUGGCAGCUUUGACGAUUUUAGAAAACAGUUGCAAACUUUAGCUAAUGGUAUCCAGGGUUCAGGAUGGGGUUGGCUUGGUUACAAUAAGGUAUCUAAAAGGCUUCAGUUGGCGGCUUGUGCGAAUCAAGAUCCUCUCGAGGGAACUACAGGUUUGAUUCCCCUUCUUGGAAUUGAUGUAUGGGAACACGCUUAUUACCUGCAAUACCAAAAUCGUCGCCCGGAUUAUACAGGAAAAAUAUUUGACAUUAUCAAUUGGGUUGAUGUCAGUGAACGUUUUAAUAAUGCCGCCAAAGCUUAA